AUGCAUGCGCCUUUAAGUGACUACAGUCGUCAAUGCAUAUUUCCAGGCGCCCAUCCCUACAUUUCAGCCUCGUCUACCGUAACCAACCGGAACGAUCGAAUCGAGUCGUUUUCGCUGAAUUGCCCACACGUCGCCGACGCCGACAAAAAAGAGAUCAGCAUCGAAAUCGUUUGGUCGCUCAAUGAGACAGUUUGGCUGAAAAUCGAGGACGGCGUUCGAAAGGUCAUCAACGGCGAGUCGACAUUCAUCAAGCGGAGAGUCGCAGGCAAAACGGUGAUGCGAAUGUUUCUCAACAACGCUCGCUACAUGUUCGACUACGACGAGUUGACCGGCGAUUUUUCGAUGGAAAUCUCGCCGGUGCUGAUGACGGCCGACGUCGGCAUCUGGCAAUGCCACGUCAUCGUACGCACCGGCGAUAGCACGCACACGUUGACGAGUCGACGACGAAUCAGACCCGUCGAGCCGGCGCACGAGAAACGCGACGAACGCUCGAUGGCGUCAGCGAAUCGUCGCGUCGGAUUCGCCGCGUUCUCGCGAAACUCCGACGACAUCGUCUAUAUUACGAGAAAACUCGACGACGCCAAUUCGAUCGUGUUCGCCCGAAACGACGGACCACGAAAAUCGCGAAGCAAACUCGACAACGAGGCGUCGUUGGAGAGCUUGCGGCGUCUCGAAGCUCAAAUCGAUUACGAAUUAGAUAUGAACGACGCCGAGUCGGCCUAUUCGCGCUAUUUGAGCCCCCCCAGCGCGAUAUUCUUCAACACCUCGCCGACGCCGACGACGACAUAUCUCAUUCUCAUCAUUUCACUUCAUACCUUGGCGGUUUUCGAAAACGUGUGCGAACUCUCGACAAUCACCAAACUGCGCACAUUUUUGCUCAAUAAUCGCUCGGCGAAUUUCGUCGAAUGGAAAUUGAAGAGUGUGACGUCGACGUCGGACAGCGACGUCGACAAUGAUGAGCACUGUUGA